GUUUACCAAUGGCGCCGUGAACAAUAAAAGUAUUUAAAGAUGCAGGAAAUGUACUUUAUUUUAUCUCGUACAGUUUGUUAAAUGUUUGUUGUUUCCCAAAAAAAGACACCAAAGACUGUAUUUGGCUGUACCCGGUAUUUAACUUAAAAAUAAUUAUAAUCAUUAAUUAUUAAUAUCAAAACAUUUUUAAAAAGCUUUUUGAUUUGCAUUGAAUAAUGUAGUGCUAAAAUUACUAAAACUUAAUAUAAUAAAAAUUUAUUAUGUUGGCUAUCUUUUAAUUUUUAAAUUUAAAAGUUAAAAUAAGCAACUUAUUUACAGCAUAUAUACUAUACAUUAUACCCCUCAAUAUACCUCUAAAGGAAAAAUUGCACCCAUGGGGCAAACCACUUUGAUCUACUUCUACCUUUAAUGGCUUUACCUUUAAAAGUAUAUUAAAGUUAAUAUUAAUAAAGGUUGAUUUGUGGGCCUAUUUUCUUUGUGUAGUCUCUGUCCGUAGUACAUGGGAUUUUAUGGUUUAAUAAAUUAUAAAUUCACUAUUAAUUAACUCUUAAAAGACUAGAUUUUUCAGUUUUUGUAUGACCUUGAGCCUUGAAUACAUCUUAUUAUUCAAUGUGUCUCAUGGCUGUAAUUUUGUAGCUACCUACAAGUAUUAGAUAUUUUAAGGGUAAUUGGAUGCUCUUUAACUUUAAUUGAUAUUUGGUGUUUGUUCAAAAUAUCCUUGCUAAAAAUACUAAAAUUGAUUUAUUAUUUUUUUUAGUUUUAGGCAAAAAAUAUAUUUUAAGUCCACAAAAACAUAACAUUGCAGCUUUACAAAGAAGGAAAAAAAAGGGGGGUUCCAAUUACAGCAAUAAAAUUGAUAUUUUAUUAGAAUGUAUUCAAUAAUACAAUACAUAUUCAAAUUUCAAAAGAAUAGACUCAUACAUAAAAAUGUUAUGACUAUUUGAAUUCAUUGUAGACAAUAUAUCAUUCAAGGAAAUGUUGCCCCAAAAAGUAAAAAUAAUUUUUUUUAAAUAAUAAUUUUUUUAUAAUUCAUCAAAUUAUCACUUAGAAAAUUAUUAGUAUUAUUUUAGAAUAAAAGUUAAGAAAAAAUCUUAUUUUAAGAAAUUUAGGUUUGCACCAGGUGCCCUGUGUUAAAUUCUUUCACGUCCACUUGGAAUUGUGAAUACAUUUUAAAAAAUAAUAGAAUUAAGAGCUGGGUAAACAUAAAUAAAACAUGUACUUUUGUCACUAAGCAUCAUCUAGUAACCAUAGUUAAUGGUACUUAAGUGAGUUACAAGUUACUGUUGUCACAUAACGCAUGUAAUAUUUUCCUAUGCCCCUGUGAGGAAUCCACGGUAACCCAGAGUAAAAUCAGUGCACAGGUUCAAUGUUGAAUAUAGCAUCCUUCAAUAAAUAGAAAAAAGUGCUGCACUGGUUGCACCAGUAAAUAAUAUGAUUUUUGGCGCCCCUUGUUUUUGUGAGUAUCACAGUUUCAACCAAUAUUGGCACCAGGAUACUUAAUCCCUUUUGCUAAGGUCCUGCCCAUAAUGCAAUGCUGUGAACAUUUUGGGAACCACUGUGCUCGCCAAAUAGCAGUGAAACACUGAAAACGUGACACAUUUUUAAAACUUUGGCCUCUAAUAAUAUUUUGUUGGUUGUUCUAGGGGGGUGGGGGGGUUAAAAAACUCAUUGUACAUACUCAUAGGCUGACGGGAAGAGAUUGGCCCCUGAAUAAUGUAAAUAGGUCCUACUUCUGUCAAAAUUUUUUCCUUCAAACCAAAUUUCUUUUGUGCAAGUUUUUGGAUACAAACUAAAUUCUGCUAGCCAAAAAGUUAUUUUUCCUACUUUUUAUUUACCUUCCACAGAUAUACUACUACAAAGACUACAAUGAAUACAGAUAUAGGAUUAAAAUCUCCAAUGGAUCUACCUAAUAGCUCAAUAUUCUUCAGUACUCUGGAUGAGAGGGAUGAACAAAUAGCUGAGCACUCAACAUCUAAUCUUUUAAAUGAGGAUUCAUCCUCAAGCAUUUUUGAUAUGUUUUGUGCAACACCUAACACACAAACAUUUCAUGCUUCACUACUGGAUGACAUUGAUUUAGAUCUUCAAUGUGAUGAAGACAGCAUGGAUUUAUGUGAACGCAAACCAUUGGAUGAAUCCAGAGUCGACAAUUUAACUGAAAAUCAGAAAUCAUUUAAUAAAGAAUCUUUGUUUAUGGAAAAAGAAUUAAGUUUCCUCCAGUAUGUCUCAGAUCAAUCUUCUGGAUCACAUGAUAAAUUUAGUGAAAUUUCCCUUUGGUCCAAAUGGUCUUUACCAGAAAUAUCAUUAAAUCCAGUACAACCCCAAAAAAUUAUCAGAUGUUUCGUUUGUCAUAUUCAGUUCUCUUCACAGAAAUCUUAUUUGAAACAUAGAGAGGAUAAACAUAUUAAACAUGAGUUGUGUCCACAUGAAUGUUUGCUGUGUUGUGAAAGCUUUUCAACUAAAAGAUUACUAGCUAAACAUAAAAAAGUUCAUCAUUUUAAAAAGCAAGGCAAAGCAAAUGUGUUAUCUCAAUGCCCUCAGUGUGCUUUUCUCUCAAGGACAAAAUCUCUUCUUAAGGAGCAUAUCCGAGUCAAACAUGAGCAUAAAACUUUCAGCUGCAGUCAGUGCUCAUUCUCAUGUGUACAGGAGCGGACAUGGGCCUUGCAUCAGCUGAAGCACGAAGGCAAUCCAAAAUUUGCAUGUGACCAAUGUGGAAAGCUCUUUCUUGCUAUGAGCAUUUUGAAACGUCACGCUCAUACCCACAAUAAAGUUAGAGCUCAUGUAUGCAAAGUUCCAGAAUGUGGUAGAAGUUUUACUAUAAAAAGUCGACUUACAGAUCACAUUAGAACUGUUCACAAUCACAAAACCCAUAACCGAAGAAGAAAAGAAAGGUUUAUCGCACACCAAAACUCUUUUAAUCAAGGAGGUAAAUUUAAAAGCCAAAUGCGGACUAUAUGUGAGGACGUGUCUAAGGUAAUGCAACAUGAAAUUACCUCUACAGACUUGGUAAACACCACCUCCACUAAUGAAGUAGUUGUCUAUGAUAUUGUACUCUCUAAUGAAAAUCUUAAAUUGCUCCAUAGCCCAGAUGGUGAAAAAAAUGGCUCUUCAGCAUGCACCACCGUAUUCCUCUCUUCGGAGAAAGAGAGUGGCCUACCUGAUUCCAAAGAUAAAAUGGGCUCUGUUUCUACCGAAGAGCUACCUGUGCAGCAAGAAAUGGAUGAAAAAUGUUCACAUUCUGUCUGUCAGCCAAGCAAAGAUAAACCUGGCAUGUCUAAAAAAUUUGUUUGCUUAUGGGAGGGAUGUAAUAAAUCAUUUAGGGAUAGGUAUAAUCUUCGAACACAUAUGUGCACGCACUCUGGUGAAAUGCAAAGAUCUUGCACUCUUUGCAGGUACAGAUGCAUACAAAAGUCUGCUAUGGAUUCUCAUAUGAAAAGUCAUGAAAUGAAUUUUUACAUGCAUGCGCAGUGA